UUGAAGAAUAUAAAAUUAGAAGUGCAAGAGCUAAAUUACUGUCACUAAAAUGGCAUAAUUAAUGUUUUCAGGAUUUUAUCUGUUAUUAUUUUUCCGAAGUAGUCUUUUUUAACUGAUAAUAUUAUUACUAUUAGACCGUUAAGAGUUUUCUUCAGACUAACUUUGACUUGCUCUCUGAGUAAUUUAUAAUAGUAAUUAUGAAUAUGAGAAGAUGUAUAAAUAAUAGCCUGAGAUCAUAGUAUUACCAUUACUACUAUUACUUGUAGCAGAUGAUUAAAAGUAAGACGCAAAUAAUGAGUCAUGGUCAAAUUCUCAGAUUAGGCAGUAACUAAUAUUAAGCCUAACUUUACUACUUAAGCACUUACUACUACAAGUACUAAUGGGCCUUUUUACUAGUAGUACUAAUUCUAGGUUAACCCUGUAGUAUAUAGGUUGAAAUAAUGUGAAACAUAGACAGUAACCCAUUUGGUCCUUCAAGUUCAAGGCUGUCUUUUCUGUCACACCUUUCCCUUCCAUUUUCCCCAAGAAAGUAAAAGUAGAUUCACACUACUUUAAACUAAAGAAAUAAUUCAUUUUUCCUCUAAAACCUGUGUAAUGGUGGCCUCCACUAAAGUCUACAGGAUGACAGUAACUUAUUCCAUAGGCUAAUUGGCAUUUUAGUAAAAUAUAACUGUACUGGAGCCCGGCUUCUCUUUCCAAAUCUUUACACACAUCCUCUUUUUUUAUCUUAUCACAAUACUACACAAAUAUUGAAAUAAAUAUGAGACAUUUAUCUUAAUUAUUUUAUGAGUAGUUUUCUUAGUCUUAAAUAGAUUGCUAGUUAACUUUCUUUUCUCAAGAGAAAAUAAGUUAAUACAUAUUGUCAUAAGAUAACCAUUCCAUUCCAGGAAUCAUCCUAGUAGCCUUCUCAGUUUUUAUUCAAUGGAUAAGUCAAUGUUCUUUGUUCGGUAAGGAGACCAAAACUGUACACAGUAUUCAAAGUAAGGCCUAACUUCUGACUCGUAUUGAAAAAAAUUCCUCUUUUGAAUUUGUAAUCAAUGUGUCUAUAAAUACACUUUAAAAAUCAUAUUAUCUGUAUGACUACUACUGCUGCAAUAACUAUAAGUGAAAGAUCAAUAGUUAGGCAUACAUCGAUUUAUAAGCAUAAGGGAAAAUUUUUUAUUCAUGGUGGAACAUACUACACGUUUCGACAGAAAAUUCGUCUGCCUUCUUCGGGUAUGAUAAUAAUAAGCUAUACACAUGCGUAGAGGUGAAUUCCAGACAUUUGCCAUAACAUAUCAUCAAUAUGAAACAAGUCACAGAAUACUGUGGAAUGAACUUCUCCUACUACACCAACCCAAAAACAAAAAAUAAACUAUAGAAAUCAUCAAAGCUAACAAUCUCUCACUAAACCGUGAUAAUGGUCUCAGCAACAUAAAUCAUAUUUGGCAAGCCCUAUUCACUACCCACAUAAUGGACCAGACUUGACCAUUAACUAUAUCCGGUCAUCUGUUGAUAUGAUUUCUGUCUCACUUAAUCCUUUUAUCAUCAUUACAUUGUUUAAACUGUGUAUAGCUUAGUAUUAAUCAUACCUGAAGAAGGCAGACCAAUGUUCUGUCAAAACAUGUAGUAUGUUCCACCAUGAAUAAAAAAUUUUCCUUAUGCUUAUAAAUCAUUGUGUGCCUACCUAUUAUGUAUCAGCAUAAUGUGCUUCUUUCCUCAAGUAUAACUAUAAGCAAAAGAGCACUGCCCCAGCUUAUCUACAAUUGAUACCAAGGAACACUGUCUUUUUGUAGUGCACACAGGAGUAAAUGAUGCAAAUCAGGUGAGCUGGUUAAAAAGUAAAAAUAACCUAUUCAAAGCUUUAGGUAUAUAAAUAGGGAUGUGUCCCUUUCAGAUCUGCUCAUUUGGAUUAGAUACAGAAAUUAACUAAGUAAAAGAUUGUCAGGAAUAUUCUUAGAGCAGUAGAUAAGCUGGUUGAAACUGGAUAGUUUUUACAAUAAGUGUUGUUAAACAGAUUAGGUAGUAGGAUGUUUGAGGAAGCUUUAAAUAUAUUUAUCAAAGAAAGUUUAACAAAAAUCAUAUAGUGAUAACCCAAAUGUAUUACGUUGUAUUACUGUGAUUAAAAUCCUCUACAAAUAUUUAUCCAUUGUACCAUUUGGUCAGUCUUUUUGUAGUACAACAACAUUGAUACUCCUAGAAAUAAUGAAUUUAAUUUCAUCAGCAAUCUUUACUAAUUUACUUAUUUUCCAAUAUCAAUAUAAUUAAUGUAAAUAUGAAAAGCAAAGGCCAAGGCACUGACCCUUGAGGCACUAUGCUAGUAACAAGGGUAAGAUGCAGGUUAAGUGGCAGAACAUUGGAAGUUGGCUACAGGGCUGUUACCCCUUAGGGCCUACAACAUUUAUUGAAAUAGUUAUAUGCUAUAACAAAGCCCACAAUACUUUAAAAUUUGUUUAGGAGGAGAUGCGUCCAUAGACAGGCAGAAAGUUUUCUUUAAUAUUGGAUACUUAUCUCAUCGGUAUGUAUGGUGCAUAUGUGGAGAAUGAUAUGCAAGUAGCUAGGGCCUACAAAACUCUUAAUCUGGACCUUGUUGGCUAAUGUGAGUAAUGUUACUCUAUUGAAAGGAGGUGAUGAAAUUGUCCAUAUAAUUAUAGGCCUAUUAGUUUUGAAUGAGAGAUGAUAAAAAUAUUUGAAGGUCUUACUAAAAACGAUUUGAUAUUAAUCUAAAAAUAUUUAAAAUUGGUUGGAUAGUGAACCUGGUUUCAAAAAGGGAAACCUUGCCUUAUUAACAUUAUGGCAUUUUUUGAAGAGGUUACUGCUUAUGUAGUUAAAAGUAAUAGUUUGGAUUUGAUGUAUAUGGAUUUUCAGAAAUAAUUUUACAAGGUGCCUUAUAAAAGGCUUCUUAAAAUUUGUCUGUAUAAGUGAGGAGAACAGGUUGGCUCAUUGGAUCAAAAAUUACUAGAGUGAAGAAAGCAGAGGGUUGUUAUGGAGUUCAAACAAACUGGAUUAAUGUCAGAAGUGAGGUAACUUAGGCCUCAGUGCUAAAAACUUUGCUUUUUUUGUUUUUCAUUAGUGACAUAGAUGAAGGAAUGGUCAGUAAAUUAAAUUUUCUGAUGAUAUUAAUGUCUUGAGUGUUGCUGGCUGUGAUGACGAUGAUGCUGCUGCUUUACAAAAGGAUAUAGAAUAUUUGGAAUGGCAGGCCAUUUUCGCUACUCAGUAUGGGACCCUUUUCUGAUUAUUGCCCAGAUGAUAACAAUGCAAUGUAUAUUCUACUCAUGUCUUGGAUUAUGUAUCUUUCUGGUAAAUGUUAUCUCUGGUGAUAAUCACUCCUUGGACCAGAUUUAUUUAUAUCAGGAAAUACAUGUGAAGGAUAUUCAUGGGAGAUGCAUUAUAGGAUCUUUUCUCAUCAAUUCUUUAUUUUGUUCAGUAGGGUUGUGGUAUUUUGUACAAAAGACAAAGCAAUGUUUGGACUUCUCUGCAACAGUGCACCUCUUCCAUUUAAUUGUUUGUUGGAUUUAUAAUAGUUCCUUUCCUAAUUCCGUAUCAUGGUGGCUCUUAAAUAUUGUGUGUGUAUCUAUUACUUGUGUGUGUGGUGAAUUUCUCUGCAUGAGGACUGAAAUGAAAGCCAUCCCUCUUACCCUUGGACCAAAAGCAGAUCUUUGAAAAUCAUUGGACAGCUGUGGAUUUCACAAAACAGUGACUAAUACCAAAUGAAGUGGAGUAAUUUUUAGGAGUAUAAUGAUUAGUGCAACUUGUUGUGAAGUUAUAUGGAUACCACAGAUAUCCAGAGCUUUUGUUUUAGUGCAUUUUACUAAUGUGGUAUAGUUUUUAAUUUUUUUAUUCCUACAUUUAUUUAAAAAUGAAUCAGUGAAGCAACUCUCCAACUAUCUUUAGUACUCAAAGUUUGCUGGUCUUGUGGAGUUUCUGAUGAUAAUAUAAGUCAUUACAAUGUGAGAUAUGCAAGACAGAUUAUCCUCUCAAAAGUAAUGUAAAGCUCUAUUCAUAAAACAUUUGUUACCAUAGACCUAGUUGGGUUGGUGUGUGUUAAUAUACAAAACUUUCAUAGUAAUAUAUUUUGUUACUAUAUUUCCUGUAAUUUAUUGGCUAUAAUUUAACUUCCAAUGAGAAGCAUAUGCCAAAGUAAUCUCAAGAGUCUAAAGAAACUAAUUUUUUUUUGCUCAAGAUAUUUUUUUCAGUCAAAAUAAAUGUUUGAAAAUG